CACUUGCUAAACUUGGAAACCACAGGAUUUGGUCUAUCUUGGGUUAGUUAUUAACAUCUUCGGCCCUACUGCCUGACAGAAAAAAACGCUCUGAUUGGCUCUUCGUCUUGACAGUCACAACGGAACUGUCCAAUCAGCUGUCUUCACACAGAGGCCGUGAUGAAUCGUAAAAUGUAUGCGAUAGCGAGCUAACGUUAGCUAUUUGACGAAAUUGUAUGACCGAAACAGCUUUAUUUUUUGCCUAAUCGCUGUCAUUGUAAAGUCAAAAUAACGGGAGAUCAAUUGGAGAAAAGUGUAAAGAGGCUGAUUUGAUGUGCACGGCACUGGGAGAGGAGGCACCAUGAGUAGGGAGCUGGAUGCGCUGACUGUGGUGAACCAGCUACGAGAUCUUGCAGCUGACCCUCUCAACAGACGAGCCAUAGUACAGGACAACGGCUGCUUACCGGGGCUCAUCCUCUUUCUGGACCACCCCAACCCUCAGGUCGUCUACUCAGCAUUAUUGGCAGUGCGCUACCUGGCAGAAUGUCGGACCAACAGAGAGAAGAUGAAGGGAGAGCUGGGCAUGAUGCUGAGUCUGCAGAAUGUCAUGCAGAAGGGCAGUUCCCCAGGGGAGACCAAGCUGCUGGCGUCUGAAAUCUAUGAGAUUCUGCAGGCAGCUGGUAAUGAGGCAGAGCAGUCUGAGGCUACCUCCUGCAGACGCAAGGCCCACUUCUUCCUGGGCUCCACCAACAAGAAGGCCAAGACUGUGGUGCUGCACAUCGACGGCCUGGAUGACUCGACUCGUAGAAGUCUGUGUGAGGAGGCCCUGUUGAAGAUCCGGGGGGUGAUCAGCUUCACCUUCCAGAUGGCUGUGAAGAGAUGUGUGGUCAGGAUCCGCUCUGACAUCAAGGCUGAGGCACUGGGCACAGCGAUCAACUCCACCAAGGUGAUGAAGGCUGCACAGGUGGUGAAGGGAGAGGAUGGAGGAGAGCUGAUGCUUCCAUUCCAGGAGGGUGCAGAGGAGGCGGUGGUGGAGCACAACGAGGACAUCCCAGACUACCUCCCUGAGGAGGAAAGCCCGUCUCAGGAGCAGGACAAGGCCGUGACGCGCGUUGGCUCCAUCACAGAUGGCGUGGGCUGGCUCAGCACAGCCGCCAACUUCCUGUCCCGCUCCUUCUACUGGUGACCACUUCCUGUGUCCGUCACAAUCCCAAUCCCAAGCCCACUAACCACCACCCGACGGUCACCUUAGCCCCGCCUAUUUCAUCCAGCCCUUCUACACUGCUCUCUAGUCCCUCUCAACAGCCACACAGAGUACCACUCUGCUCAGUGUACAAGGAGCGCUGGACUGCCAAGUGCAACCUGCAAUAACCUUUACUUGUUUCUAAAACAAAAUGAGCUAAGAAAAUGCUAGCUACUGUACCGCAGGCUGAACUCGCUGCACACUAAAUACACUCAAUCUCUACUCGUUAUGCGUCUCAUAAGCCAUAGACAGAGGACUUCAGAAUCAGCUUACAUCUCUUUUCCUUUAGGGAAGUAGUUUUCUCUGACGCCCGAUGGGUCCAUCAUCUCUUUGAAACCAAAUUGCAUUGUGGGAAUGUGCUGCAUCGUCUUCUGAGUUUGAGCGAUGGCAUUGAAUGAUGCUGCGCUUGUGGAAAUUGGAGUGUUUUUGUGCUUAUCUGUUGCUUCUUUUCCUCAUCUUUGUUUUGAUAAGAUUUUUUCACCCUUUUUCUGUUUGCCAAUUUAGUAAUCCCUAAUUCACUUUUCGUUCCCCUGCGGUGAGGGGCUUUUGUUUGUGCCAAUCUUGCUCGCUGCCUUGUUUUCAUCAUGCUUACGUCUCUAUCCUUCGUUAGGUGCCUUUUGGACUCUUCACUGCCAUGUACUGCUAUUUAUUUGUCCAGUUUUACUUCACUCGAAACCUCUGAAGCCUUGUGAAUAAUGCAAACUGUGUUCUCUGCGUUGGGAGCUAUUUCCCACUAUUUCCCACUGCUCAUGUCUCUCACAGAGAGAUGUCAUAUUAUUAGCGAGACAAAGAGACCCCGGUGAAGGACGGCUGAUGACAGGACAUUAGCUGCUCCAUAGAGGACGGAGGCAGAAAGAAAAGGGAAAUGAUGCCUACUGUUCUACUGUAGGAAGUCGACAUUAGUACACAUGACUUCUCGUUAAAUCCUCCUGGGACUUGGGAGUCUCUUGGUUGUACAGUAGAGGUGAGCCUUCAGACGGAUCAUUGCUUAUGUUGAAGUUGUGAUGCGUUGACUCGCAUCAAGUUGACUUCUUUAGCCUUUUCCCCUUCAUCAGUGUUUUCAUGUGGGAUUAUCAUAUGGGCAUCUGUCGUCUGAAAGAUCUGAGUAGACAACCGGUCCUAAAUCGGUGUGAUGGAGACCUCAGGGCUUGAUAGCCACCUGCUAAAUGUGUGUCCCUCACCCUGAAGCCCAUCAACAUGUUCACUAUAGUGGCCCAGCCACUACAUGUGUUUGUUUUUACCCCCUUUAGCCAGCAGUGUCCUUAAAAUGACAUACACAUACGGACACACCAUUGCUGCUGUCAGAAGGACACGAGAGGUGUAAGCAGCAUCACUGGUCUGGAUAUGUACAUUUCAAAUCAAAUUUUGGUCACAUUAAUACAUGUUUAGCAGAUGUUAGUGCGAGCGUAGUGAGCGUAGCUUGUGUUUCUAGCUCCAACAGUGCAGUUGUAUCUAACAAUUCACAACAACACACACAUCUAAAAGUAAAAGAAUGGAAUUAAGAAAUGUGUAAAUAUUCAGACAAGCAAUGUUGGAGUGGCAUUGACUGAAACACAGAGUAGAAUACAGUAUAUACAUAUGAAAUUAGUUAAACAGUAUUUAAACAUUUAUUAAAGUGACUAGUGCUCCAUUAUUAAAGUGACCAGUUAGUCAAUGUAUAUAGGGCAGCAGCCUCUAAGGUGCAAGGUUGAGUAACCGGGUGGUAGCCAGCUAGUGAUGGCUAUUUAACAGUCUGAUGGCCUUGAGAUAGAAGCUGUUUUUCAGUCUCUCGGUCCAAGCUUUGAUGCACCUGUACUGACCUCACCCUCUGGAUGAUAGCAGGGUGAACAGGCAGUGGCUCGGGUGGUUGUUGUCCUUGAUGAUCUUUUUGGCCUUCCUGUGACAUCGGGUGCUGUAGGUGUCCUGGAGGGCAGGCAGUGUUCCCCCAUUCAUGUGUUGGGCAGACUGCACCACCCUCUGGUAAAUGGUGCCUGGUUUCCUAUUAAUCAUCAUGUUCAUCUCAGUCCUUAUUUCAGGAAGAAAUCACGUUUUUUUCAACAGUUAUUCUUUGUCUCCAUUUUACUUUGUGUUGGAAAGAUGAAACACAUUUAAAAUGUAAAUAUUGCCCUUUUUGAAGAGGUUUUGACUGAAACAUUGAAGUUCGAUAUUAGGUUUGUGCAUAGAUUCCUCUUUGGAUUGACUUUUUAUUCCUUUUAUUCCUUUUGAGGAACCCUUUCACACCUGUCAUCCUUUUCCAGGUGAAUUAUGGUCUCACUGUGUAAAGGAAGUGCUGACCAGACAAUAGUUAUGCUUCUGGAGGCCAAACUCACAGCUCACACAGCUAGUAGGAUGGAUUGAUUUACUGCAGUGGGCUAAAUCAGGGUCACCGUGUUUCUUGGUAGUCUUAAACAGAUCUACUUUGAAAAGUCUACACCUCACACACAUGGUAAUGGGCUUAAAAAAAGGAGACACCAUUACCAUGUCAGAUAUAGUUGAAAUGUAUUACAUUUUGAGUUUUCAUGCUAAUAUUACACUUUUAUAUACGUCACAGAAGACUGAAAUAUAAUGAUGACAUUCCACCCAUAAGGCCACUGGGGGGCGAUUUGGUUGUUUUACUGCAAGAAAGGCCUACAAUAACCUCAGCAUUGAUCUAAUAGCGUAUAUCCACUACAGUGAGUUUAUUCUCUAUCUGCAUCCCACAGAAGCAGUGCUUACGAACGACAAGUCAAUGAAGUCAUCACUUCUAUUUAAUCCUUUGUCUUCCUUUUUUUGUUCAACAUGAACAGCAUCAGUCAUUACUUAAGUUGCAACAUGUAAAGUACAUUUUAUUAUAAGUUGCACUAGUACUGUAUAUCAAAUACUUGGAAAAGUUUUUUUUGUCUCUGUUUAAAUCUCUUAUGUCAAAUCAAAUGUUAAUUUGUGCCGAAUACAACAGGUGUAGACUUUACCAUGAAAUGCUUACCCCUUAACCAACAAUGCAGAGUUAAAUAAGGAAAUAAACACAUGAAAUACACCCUAUCGUUUAAUAGUCACUCCAUCAGGAUGGCUGACAGAAUCAUGUAGCAAGUCCUCAGAAUAGCAGACACUUCUUGUGCUGUCUAAUGUAUUUCAGAUCUGAAAAUGGUUGAUUCCCAAUUUACGAUAAAGGCAAAGAAUAUUAAAAAUAACUUUAAAAUGUAAA